AUGCAUAAUGCAAAAGAUGGUGUUAUUCUGUCAACUGAAGCAGCUCCAAGCAAGCCAAAGUUUUUGGAUCGUAUCAUAACUGGAGUAAGACAGAAAACAAAAUCCAAACAUCGGACAGAUGGAGCUCUUGAUGGAACAGGCUCAAAUUGUGAUGAUGUAGAUGGAGCCCGAGGGGAUAGCUGGUGCUCAGAAUCCGAAGUAUCCAAUUCAGAAUUCUUCCUCUCUGCCGAAGGAAGUUCUAUCAAUUUAGAUGAUGUGUCACAAAUAUGUUAUGACUCCGAUACCGAAACCGACGCCUAUCAGACUGCAACUGGGUCUUUGAAUUCCCCGUCAAAAUCUUCAAAAGUUUGGUCGACGCCAACGUCUCCGGUGAUUUCUGGGAUUGUUCGUAGAAGGUGCUUGGAUUAUUCUAAAUUAACAGAAUCAGAUACAAGUCCGGAAUUAGUGCGGAGAGGAUCCAAAUAUUCCGUGAAAGGAACUGUUCAUUCCACACCCAGCUCACCUUGUGGAUCUAAAUCUCUGUGUUCAAAAGAAACGGAAACGGUACAACGGACAGAAAACUGGCUGAAAAACUACUUCAGUCAGUCUCGUGAUGAAAAAUUCUCAACUAGUGUUAUGUCGAAGGGCUAUGUGCGGGCAUUAGUGGAAAAAAUAAACGAUCUGCAUCAUGAGAUAACGCCUGAUUGUAAUGAAGAGUUACUGACCUUGUGUAGUGACGAACGUGUUAGCGACUCGAAGGAAACUGUUCAAACGAAUCUUUCUGAGUCAAAGUCAGACGUCAAUUUAAAAUCCCUUGUGGUGCAACUUAACAAUGAACAAAGUGAUAAAAUGUUCAAAAGUUUUCACAAGGAAAAAAGUAGUUCUAGAAAAAAUAGCGUAGACUCGGCAAGUGCUGAGGCAAAUAAACAUCAUCAUACGAAAAAAAGUAAACCUGCAAAUAUAGACGUAAAACAUACUGCUCCGAAAUCUGUUUUGAAUAGAUCUGAAAGUUUGUCAAGCCAACCAAUGAGUCCUGCGGAAUUAUUUGAUAAUAGUUGGUCCGAUUCGGACAUCGGAAGUUUUGAUUCAUCCGGCGAUGAAAGUGAAAUAGAGGAGAGUAUCCCGGUGCCAGUUGUAGAAGAAAAGCUGGAAUCUGUUUGUGAAAUAAAACCACGAGAUAAAUUACAAUGUAUAGCGGAGGAAUUAUAUAGAACAGAAAAAUCAUACGUGGAUCGACUUCAUCUUUUACAUCAGAAAUUUUAUUUUCGAGUAGUUCAGGCCAAUCAAAAUCAACCAUUUAUGACUCCAGAUGCGGUCAAUCAGAUGUUUUCUAACGUUAAAACUAUCUAUCAGUUUCAUCAUGACUUUCUUCUACCUCAGUUAGAGGAACGCAUGGAAAAAUGGGAAAAUAAUCCACGUAUUGGUGACUUGAUGAAAGAGAAUGCUCCUUUUUUGAAGCUGUAUACGGACUACGUGAAGAAUUUCGACAAUGCCAUGAAUCUAAUCAAUUAUUGGCAGGAAAAAUCAACCAAAUUUUCUAGUAUUAUACGAGAGGUGCAGAAAUUACCGGAAUGUGGUAAUCUGACUCUACAACAUCAUAUGUUAGGUCCUAUACAGAGAGUUCCUCGAUACGAACUAUUGCUCAAAGAUUAUAUCAAACAUUUGCCUGAAGGAUCACCUGACCUCCUAGAUGCUCAAGUUGCCCUUGAUCUUGUUACCAAGGCUGCAAGCCACGCCAACGAAGCCAUGAAAAAAAUAGAGAAAUUCCGAAAGUUGUUAGAAAUUCACCAGAGUUUACGUGGUAUUAAUAUAGAUUUCAUCAGUCCAACAAGAGUAUUAAUACGCGAAGGCCUUAUCACUAAAAUAGCAGCUAGAAGUGGUGAAAAACAGACUCGUUAUCUUUUUUUGUUUAAUGAUCUGUUGUUAAUCUGUAGUGAACCUAUGUUAGGGGCGUAUAAAGUCCGAGCUCAGAUGGAUAUAGACAGCAUGGAGACAAGAGAUGGUGAUAAUUUAAGUAUAGCUAAUACGUUUAAUUUAAUGAGUAAACAGAAGACUAUAGAAUUAUUGGAUGAACAAACACCAGAAGAUGAAGUUAAUUGGUAUGAGUCGAUAAAACAAACGGUAAUUGAAUAUAAAGAGAAGAAACAGAGAAUUCGAGAUAAACAACAGUCACUGACUAAUCUAGAAUCAGGGAUUGAAGGUAACGUAGGAGAAAGAGCCCCCCGAUGGAUCCCUGAUGAAUCCGCUACAAUUUGUAUGAGAUGUGAUGCAGCGUUCUCUACAUUUCGUAGACGUCAUCACUGUAGAGCCUGUGGUUGGGUUAUAUGUAGUAAAUGUUGUAAGAAAGCACCGUUAGAAUAUUUAAACAAUAAAAUAGAACGAGUCUGUCAGAAGUGUUAUAAUGUUAUUGUUAAAGUCAAUAAACUAGAUAUUGAUCAAGACUUAUCAUCGUUCAAGAAAAAAGGUGUUUUACAGGUUCAAGCUAGAGAUCCAUGUGUUCUUGCCACAUAUUUACAUAUGUCUGCUGAUAAAGGAAAAAAUUGGAUGAAAAGAUGGUUUGCUGCUCAUGAAGAUUUUGUUUUAUAUUCUUUUAAAUCUGAUCAGGAUACAUGUGCCUUAACAUCUCUUCCUCUGCCAGGGUAUAAAGCAGAAGCUGUAAAAAAUAUUCACAAUCGACCAGACGUGUUUAAACUGUAUCAUAAAGAUAAAAAAGUUUACCUUUUCGAAACAGAAAGUCAUACAGAUUUUAAAAAAUGGAUCAGUGUUUUAAAUAAAAUGGUUAAUCUUGAAUUGCCAGACGAAACCCAGAGAUUUUCAUCUCAGUCGACCAGUAGUGGUAAUAGCACAGGUAGUGGUGCGAAUAGUGCCGACACAACUAACAAUAACGGUGAAACAUCGGAACCUGAAUUAACUGACGAGAACGCGGUUCAAAUUUCACAUAAACAAUCUGUUAAAAAGGGAAGACGGUCGUCAAAUUGCUAAUGUCAAUUAAAUAUCAGUGAAUACGGUGUUUGAGAUUCAGUGGAUGGAUUAUUUAAUGUGUAUAUGUGACCAGCGUAAACUUUAUUGAAUAGAACACAAGUUAUAUUUUGUGUGUGUUUUUCAGUGAAAUGUGACUCAGAAAGUUUGACAUAUUUAGUGUUAUGUGAAGAUAGUGUUUCACAUGUCUAAUAUGUGAAGGAAUUACGACUUUAUAUGACUAACAAAGUUUAUACAAAUUCCGUGAAACAGUAGUGGCGUUGCAUUGUAUGCUGCAGAUGUCAACUGGGUAGGUCUAUGGAUCAGAAAUUUCAAAGUUAUUAACACAGUUGAUACUGUCAACUUGAGAAGAAUUACAUGUGCAAAGAAAUUAUUUUUUUAUAUGCUGGUCAUAUAAUUUGACGAAUGAAAUGUGGUUACUAUUCGAAAUUAAGUUGAAAUAAUUAUGCCUUAGAUUUUAGAAAUAUUUCUCUAUAAAUAGGCCCUACCAGUUAGAAUAAUGUUAAAUUAUGUUUAUUAUGAAAACAAAUGGAUGGAAGUUUGUAGACUUAGCCAGAAAUCUGGCCCUCAGUUCACAAAGCAUUCUCAGACAUCAGUUAAGAAUUUACUCAACUUUCAAUCACUGUUUUUGAGAAAUAUCUUUGAUCCAGAAACGCAAAUAUUUGCACAUAGUUUCUUACUGAUGUAUUUGGUACAUUAAAACAACAAAAGAUUUAUAAAGGGCUAUAUUUUAGUUAAAAUAAGGCAACUUAAGUCUGAGAAUGCUUUGUGAACUUGGGGCCUUGUUGCUCCGAUUCUUAACCUAUCCCUGAUGUCAACCACUCAAAUCAUAUAAUCCUUGAAAAUGGAACACCACUCUUUGUCAAAUUUUUAAAUAAAGAUCUUACUUAUCGUAGAAUGUAAAACAUGGCGUUGAUGUUAAGAUAUUAUUACAGAUGAAUAUGUGAACUUUGUGUACAGAUGGCAAUUUUCAUGACCUUGGAAUACAAAACUUUCAAACAUAGGCUGUUGGAGAAAGAUGGACAGUCACGUUGCUGUAAAGGUGGCCUGGAAGUGUGACUAUCUAGCAGUUUUCACUAACUCCGUAGAACAUAGAUUGUCAGAGAAAGAUGCAUAGUCACGUUGCUGUAAAGGAGGCGUGGCUUUCUGGGGAUCAUCUUCAAUAGAAGGCUUGAUCUCGCUUUAACUCCGUACAUCUUAUCAAGAUCUUCACAUAACACCCUGCAUGUUUUGGCACUAAUUUCGAUUGGGUACUCACCCUACUUGGGAGUCUAUCAGAUUCCUCGAUCAUCGCGAAUACCAAAUCUCGCGCUUUCCAGCUAAAUUGUCUACCUGUGAUAAUCGAGUUGCAAAGUUCAAGGUUGGUUCAAUGUCAUGGUUUCCAUGGAGGUCGCUAUGUCACAACCUCUGAUUGGACGCUACCGUUUACGUGUCUGCAGAUAACGUAGCCAUAAGUUUGGCAAUUGUAAAGUAAUCUAGCAACAUCCAGAUGUUGUAAAACUUGCAGUCGUUGCUUCAGGAACAUGUCUGGGGAUAGGUUAACUAUUGAGUACAUGUAUUAUAGUUGUAGUUAGAUACAAAAAUUAAUAUCUUAACAUUACCAGGGAAAAGAGACCAAUAUUUUAAGAUUUUUAAUUGAAAUUAUUGUCUUAAUUCUCACUUUACUAAUCUGUUUGUUGAUUAAUUCAUCAUUUAUCUUGGUAUCCCACAAACUUCAAAAUUAAAACCAACAUCAUGGAAAUGGUCAUAUAUAAUAGAGUGUUCAUGUAUUUGUCCUGUGGCGUGCAUUUUGUCAUAGGAUUAUAAACUAAUUGAUAAGAAUUGCUUUUUCGUAAGGUUUCUGUUUCUAAUUUGAGAAUUCGUUUGCGUUAGUUAUGUCCAAAUUUAUGAUAAUGUACGUUUAUUUUAUAUAAAAGCUAUCGAAGCCUGCUUAGAAUUAGAAUUAAUUGUUUUCCAACCUUUUUUUGAACCAUGACCCACUGUUAGGCCUUUGACACAUGUUUGUUAGGAAAGCACAUCAUGUAGGGAAUCAAGGAUCUCCCCUCCGUUGGGCCUUUGCACCAUGUUUGUGUUGGGAAUGCACCUCAUGUAGGGAAUCAGUGAUUUCUCCCCUGUUGGGCCUUUGCCCCAUGUUUUGAAUGAGAAGUCUAGAUUUUUUUAAAAUAAUUGUAAAACGAAAUAUAACUAUGGUCAGGAAUCAACAUUUUAACUUUAAUGAUAAAUAGGUUUAAUGUUGGCCUACUCUUAUAACAGUUUAACUAUAUUGGGUAGGUUAUUAGUAUCUGAAGAUAGCAUAUUUAUAGUACAUGACAAAUAUACCAGUAUCAGAUACAUGGUUUUCCACUGGGCCAUGUAUAUGCCGGUCAUGACUGCUCUGAGUUAAAAAUUGACUGAUUCUGCUACAGGAAACAAGGACAUCAUAAGAGGGAAUAUAUAUAUAUUUGUAAGAUAUGUAUUGCAAAAUGAUUUUUUUUUUAUUAACCCACAUCAUCCCACUAAAUCUUUUAUUUAAGUUCAUGAUUGAAUAUAAUUAGAUAAGGCCAUACCAAUUUUAUUCAUAGAUUUUCACAAAAACCUGUUAAAAAUUUGCUUGGUAUUUCAUGGGUAGACAAACAAUACUUGGCCUCAAAGGGCUUUUUUUUUAAGAGACUCAAGAGGCUAUUUUUUCUAUGGAUAACCAAACAGCUCUUUAUUCUUAAUUCAUAGCCCUUAAUUCUUAUUUCUUCAUUUGUUGUUGUAUGAAUUAAGAACUAUGAAUUAAGAAUACUGAAUAAAGUGCUGUUUGGUCUUCCAUAUUUUUCUAUCAAGACUUAGAAGAACUAAAGAUAAGUAACUUUGGUCUAAUUAAAUUAAUAUGACUGCUGUGCAGUUUUUGCUAUUGUAUAUUUUCAUUUCGCGUUCGUGCCAUACCGUAAUAUAAUAAUGAUAAUAUAAAUUUGAUUUAAGUUAUCAGUAUAAAUUCUUAUUAUUAUUUGCAUAAUGUUUGAUAAAUGAUAUUGACCGCUUUUUAGGAUUUUGCAAAAUAAAGGCUUUACAUAUGUAAUUUAUACUUUUAUUUAAUCAUUCAUAUACAUUUGAAUUAUUAGUUCAUAAUAAAUAUUUUUGAUAAUUUGAAGUUGUAACAUGUGUAUAUAGUUAUUUAUUUCAUAUUUUAACCCAUAUAACCACAGGCACUUGUAAAAUGUAAAAGGUCUUAUAUGUACUGAUAGAGAUAUUGGGUCGAGAUGAGUUAUUUGCCCCUGAAUUAAAUAAUAUCGCUUACAGUCACAAUACUUAGUCACAGCUUAAACAUACAUUAUGCAAGAGCUAAAUCUGCCUAUUGCAGGUCUUUCUUUAGGCCUGAAAUGUUAUCUAAAGUAUUAAUUAGACAUUAAUUAACUUAUCCAGACCAUAAUCAACUCUCGAUGGCAUCGCUAGCCUGAGAUGUUUAUUAGAUUAGGUUCUAAUUUGCUGUUCGACUUCCAUUCAUAAUUUAAUCAAGAAAUGGAUAAUCAAGACUAUGUUUUUUAUCCUACCGACUUCAGUAGUGAUGAUCGAGGCUAGGCCGAAAAUUCAAUCGCUAAAAUCUUGGUUCAUAGUGGAUCAAUUUGACUGACAUUUUCAGCAAAUUCUCUUUACAGUAUCUAGUUUUUAACUAUUAUAGUGAGAACUGCCAGCUCUUUAUCUAAUCUCCCAUAAUAUAUCUCUAAUGUUAUUUUUGAAAGCGAUUUUCCAUGUUACGGGCGCCUGUGGUUUCACUACAAAAUUGGUGGCUAAUUUAUCAUUUUUACGUUCCAUUUCAAAGUUCAUAGUUCAAAUAACAAUCAGGUUUUAAGAAAAUUAAUUCAAAUAUUUUGUUAAUUUUUAUUGAUAGAAUUUUUAGAAACUGUUUUGAUUGAUGGUACAUAUUUAUAUUGUCAGUAUUGAAUUUUUAAAAAUGAAUUCUUUUAUAUUCAAUGUUGCGCACAGAAAGUAAAUUGUUCUUAGCUCAACUGACCAUCGAUAGAUUAAUGAUAAUAUAUGAUAAUAUUAAAUUAGCUAUAAUUAUACUGUUUUAUAUAUUAUUAUUUUAUAUUAUUAGUGUGAGAGAUUUUUUUAGCUUGGCUUUCAUUGAUAUUAGUUUUAACUAUGAGCUCACUCCAAUGCUGUAACACUGACUGGAUAUAUUGAUAUUUACUGCAUUCAAGUCCCCCUUCUGCUUUUUUCUUCAUGUGUUUUAGAAAAUGGAAGUUAAUAAAUGAAAGUCUACUAAAUGAAAAAAUAACAAAAUGUUUAUUAAAAAUCUGUCGGAAGAGCAAAUGAUAGUUUUCCAGGGAAGCUUUAUUAUAACGGAUUUAAUCUUAAGUAAAGCCUUUAUUACUGUAAUUUUAUAACAUUGACUGCAUGAAUACAUUGAUAUUUACUGGUAGUAUUGACUGUUUGAAUGCAUUGAUAUUUACUAAUUUGGUCCAAUAUAGGAAUUUUAAGGACACAAUACUAAGACACAUGAAUUCACAAUACUGUACCAUAAAACAUCUAAAAUGAAUGUAAUUUGCAAACUUUUUAUGCCGAUAGUGAAAACUUUGAAGUGGAGGUUUUGGUAUGAAUACAUUGAUAUUUAUUAUAAUUUAGUAUAAAUGAACUUCUUCAGUCAGUAAAUUACAUGAAUUAAUAUUUGAAUUUGAAGGGUUUUAUGGUCUUUGUUUUACAGUAAAUUACAUGAAUAAAUAUUUGAAUUUGAAAAGUUCUAUGAUCUUUUCAUUUAUAGGGACAAUAACACUCUUGCUGGCUUGACAGCUCCAGAAAAUAAAUAAUAGCUUUAUUCUAAGUACUAGAUGUUUAAGUGUCCUACCUGUUGUGUAAAUUAUCCAUUAAAUCCUAUUUUACUUGUCCAGAGGGUUCGAAAAUAUUUUAAAAUCCAAGUCACAUUUGAAAAGGUUUACGUUAGGCUUUUCAAAUCAUUUAGUUCAAUUUUUACAAUUUUUAAAAUUAGGUGUGUUAAGAUGAAAUUUAUAUCACCAAUUAAUUGGAAUAUUGUAAAAUAGUACAAUUUGUUGAUCAGAAUAAAGAUUGGGACAUAUUAUUCAGUAACAACAAGAGUGGUAUUGAGCCUUUAAGAUUGGAGUGAGUUUUUUUAGUAAUAAGAUGAAUCAUCUGGAGUUAGUAUAUGUCUUCGUUAUUUGUUGCCCAGGGUUUUUUUUCUGUUAAAGAGAUUUAUUAUGUUAUAAAUGUGAUUGUCCACCGUAAUAUACAUCCAACAGAUAUAAAUAUAUAAAUAAAUUAAUAUCAAAUAUUC